AUCAGGAUGAACCUCUCAUUUAAUUAGCGGAGCACGGAGAAGCCAGGAAUGCCAGCGAAACGGUGCAGAGAGAAGGGAUGCAAUAGCAUACACGCUAUGAGAUGAACGUACGAAAAUAAGGUUCAAAUGGCCGAUCUUAAAGUCCUUUUCUGCGGUCAGGAUGUUGUUCAGACUGACCACAGGGACAUCGACUGGUCCCUUAAAGAUCAGCAAAGCCAUCACUCAAUGUGCACGGAUGAAAGAGCUCUUUCCAAUGAAGAGUGCUGCCAGGCGUGUCUGGAGGAGAAUGUUAAUGAAGAGAAGGGCGUUUCAGAACCAUGGACAGCGACUCUGGCGAUUGGACGACUCCGCAAACUGAAUGAAUGGGGAUUUGAUGAAGAGGUUGAGAUAUGUUACGACGAGGAGUUUGAAACCGAAUUUCCUGGUGUGACUGACGUUUCUGACCAAAAGGACAAUCAGCUGUUAGCAGACGAGACCAACUACGACAACUUCAGUUGGAGUUCGUCUAGAGAUCUCCAAGAUGUCCCAGAGUGUUCCUUGCUGCCGGUUGACGAUUUCAUGGUGGAUUCAUCGGAAAAGUCAGUGGAUUAUGGAUUUAUAGGUGCUGUUACUUUUUUAGUUACGGGCAUAUCCUUGGUUGUGAUCUCCUACACGGUCCCACAUGAUGUCAAAGUGAAUCCUGACACUGUAUCUGCCCGAGAGAUGGAACACUUGGAGCGAGAGAAUGCCCGGGUGGGUGCUCACCUGGACAGGUGUGUGAUUGCAGGGUUGUGCCUCCUUACACUUGGAGGUGUGGUGCUAUCAACCUUGCUCAUGAUUUCCAUGUAUAAAGGAGAGAUGUUUAGGAGACAAGCUUUUGCUUACUCCAAACACCAAGCCAGACUUUACGGCUCUAUCAAUUUUAGGGGUGGCGGAAGCCCGACUGGUGCCCCUUCACUUUUGUCCCUGGAUGAAGACGAAGGUCCUGUUGAAAAAGAAGAAAUUUGAACUAACAAGGCUGAAUUGCUCCUUUCCAAGCUGUGGUGUGGGCCAGUUAUCGUUUCUCAUUUUCCAAGCUCAACUAAAACAAUCUCUUGUCAGUUCUUCAAGUACAAAACAGAAAUACUGUGAUUAAAGGUGAUACACUGUAAAAAUGAGUUAAUAUCUGAAUCUACUGAUUUUAUUCAAGUCAACACAUUUUAAUAUGACUGAAUUAAGCAUACUGUAUUGGGUUCCACCAAAGAAUGUACUUUUGAAGGGUCAGAUCAGGUAGAAAUAGCUCUUGACAAUGCAUAUUUACACAUUUUACAAUACAUUAAAUAGACAAUUAAAGGGAUAGUUCGCGCAAAAAUUUAAAUUCUGUCAUUAUUUACCUUCAUUUACCCUUAUGUUGUUCUAAACCCAUAUUAAUUUCUUUCUUCAUUGAAUCACAAAAGGAGAUGUAAGGUAGAGUGUUAGCCUCAGUCACCAUAAAAUAGAAGUGAAUAGAAAGAAAGACAUAUGGGUGUUGGAAAAACAUGAGGGCGAGUAAAUAAUGAAAGAAUUUUCAUUUGUGGGUGAACUAACCCUUUAAAUAUACAUUUAAGAAAAUGUAACACAAAAAUAACAACAUAUCUGAGUCCUGCUUAUGUGAACAAUGUGUUUGUGUGAGUUUGAGCAUUUUCCAAAGCAUAUGUUGUUGUAAAUAUACAGCAUGCUUUACAAGUGCAGUUGCAUAAGCAUCUUCUUUGGUGUGAUUAAUUUCUUUGGUUGUGGGUUUUACUUUUGUCAGCCAGACGGCAUGCAACUAACUUGCCAUGUGCGCAUUUGUGUUUUACUUACAAGUCAGUUGUCACAUUGGAAAAGUAAAAAAGUGUUUUCUUUUUUUUUUUUUUGCUUGGCAGUCUAUGAUUGUAAAAGCUGAGUUAAUCACCAGUCAUCGU